AUGGCUGAAAUUACCCCUUCUCCUCAUCCCUCGAGCACCAUCGAACCUCGACCCUCUGUCGGAUAUGACAACGUACAUCAUCGUGGGUUCAAGCUGGCAAAGGGAAUUCGAAUCAGGCCCAUGCACAUUCUGAGCAUCUGCUGGCGAACCGCAAGCCCUGCCUCCAAAUGUGUCAACCUUCUUUGGCCGCUUGUGCCAACGGCUAUUGUCCUCCAGUACACACACCCUGAUGAUCUCCAUCUCCUGGUGUUCAUUCUGAGUUAUCUUGCAAUGGUUCCAUGUGCCAACCUUAUCGGCUUCGCCUCGCACGAGAGCACCCGCAAACUUCCUAAAGUCCUGGGUCAUCUAAUUGAGAUUAUCCUGGCUUCGACGCCGGAGAUGAUUCUGCUCCUCGUCCUUCUGAACAAGAAGCAGUACUACGUCAUUCAAGCCGCCGCUCUUGGAUCUCUUCUUGCAACACUUUUGUUAUGCCUCGGCGUAUGCUUCUUUUGCGGGGGGUUGAUUUACAGUGAGCAAACCUUUAAUGGAGCUGUCAGCGAACUCGGGAGUGAUCUCCUUCUAACUGCUGGAAUGGGCCUCAUGAUUCCCGGAGCUUUCCAUGCGACCCACCAAGAUCAAACGGCCGCAUCGGGACACGUCCUCCUCAUCUCUCGCAUCACCUCGAUCUUCCUCAUGCUUGCUUACUUUAUAUAUGUUUACUUCCAGAUGCGCUCCCACCACAGAUUAUACGAGGUCAUGCUCGAGCACGAAGAGGAAAUCGUUAGCAAUCUGGCGCCAAUUCACAAGGAAGAGAAGCUAUGCUUUGCAGAAUGCCUCGUCUCUCUCGCGAUUGCUCUCACGCUCGUCACCAUGCUGGCUAUCAAUCUCGUCCAAGGGAUCCCCUUCAUCGUCAAAGAACGUGGAGUUUCCGAAUCCUUCCUCGGCUUGAUCCUGGUUCCCAUCGUUGAGAAGGCUGCAGAGCACAUCACCACUGUCGAAGAUGCCUGCCGAAACCACAUGACAGCGGCCAUGUUUCACUGUCUUGGUUCGACUAUUCAAACCGCUUUGUUCAACAUCCCACUUGUUGUCUUGGUCGGAUGGGCCAUUGGAAGGGACCUUGACUUGGAGUUUGAGCUCUUCAAUAUGAUUGUGCUAGUUCUGAGCAUUCUUGUGGUGGGUAGUUUUACCCGGGACCUGAAAAGUAACUAUCUUGAGGGCAGUUUGUGUUUGAUUGUUUACGUACUGAUCGCUGUGGGCUCGUACUUUGAUUGA